UGGAAAUUGGUGCGGACAACAAGCGUUAGGUUUGGGCAGUACCUUUUUUUCUACUUCUUCAUUCCUGCUAGUGGUACGGUCUUUGCUUCUCUUUUGUUUCCUCCUUUCAGUUUGUAUAUCCGUUAAUUUGCACUCCAUUUUCACCCAGCAGAAAACUUAUCAUUAAUUUUCUUCUGGCGGGAAAAUGGCAUACAAAAUUGGAUUACUAAACUCAAAAAUUCACAAAAAUUAAGAGAAAUUGAGCCGAUUAAUCAUGGGUUUUGAUAUUUGAGGUGGAAAUAGAAUUAUUUAUGAGUUUUGUAAUAAUAUAUUUCAAGGGUUAUGGGAACUAGGGUUCCAAUUAAUGAUUAUGAUGUUGAAAAUAAUAGUCAUAAUGUUGAUAACAAUAAUUUAAGAUCAGCUGAUUCUUACAUUGAUGAGAGCAAUUUGGAUGAUGUGAAAAAUGGGAGUGAAAUUGAUAGAAUCAGCAAUGAUGCUCAUGAUGCCCUCACUGAAGAUAGUUUAGAUCAAGAUGAGGGUUCCAAUAAUGGGGACUGCUUGGUUGAGGUGUACAAAAAUCCGAUUCAGAUUCCUAACAUCGGAGUUGAUGACGAUCAGUCUAGCCUAGAAAGUAGUGGGUCUCUUAGAAAAUCUUGCAGUGUUUUAACAGCAAAUGAUCUUAUGCCAAUUGAAACCGCACGGGCUAAAUUCUUGCAAAUUGUGGUGGAUAAUUUUAUUGGCGACCAUAUUAUAGAGAAGGGUGUUGCUUGUAUUGAAAAUGGUGUUGAGUCUGUAGAUGAUAAAUCAAACAAAAGAAAGUCCACAGAAUAUCAUUAUGAAGGAGAUCCAAGGUUUGUUUUGCCGUUGAUGUAUGUGGCUAAUCUGUAUGAAACUCUGGUCGGUGAAGUGAACAUGAGAUUAUCCCCAUUAAAUGGUUUGCGUGAAAAGACCAUCGGAGUAGCGCUUGAAGCUUCGGGUGGGCUCUACAGGAAGCUGACUCAGAAAUUUCCUAAAACAGGUUGCAUUUCUUUUAGAAGACGGGAAUUAGCUACUUCUCAUGAAACAAGGAAUAAAUUUCCAGAGUUAGUUGUCCAAGACGUGAAGCGGGUUCGUUUUGUGGUGGCCAAUGGCUUGGAAAUUAUUGAAAAGCCUAAUAAUGUCCCUGCUGAUGAUGCAGAAUGGUUCAAGCGUUUGACAGGUCGAACUGAAGUAGCAAUUACUUCCAGGGACUAUAAGUUCUACAACCCUAGACAUAAAGUUAGGCGUACCUCUUCAAACACUUCACCGAUUGUCCCCGGUUUGCUUUCAUAUAACAGCAACAUUGACCACGAGUUGCAGUCUGCAACAGAGCAGGGUUCAAGGGAGCAGGAGACACCUGCAAAACAUUCUUUGGUGACAAUGUGUCGUCAGCCACAAUAUCAACCCGUCAUCUUGAAUAAUAACCAGUCUGUUAAUCAGAAUCAGCAGACAACUCUCGUAGGUUGCCCUCAUGAAAGUGGGCAAUCUUCUCAUUUAUCUGACAUGGCUCAUGGCCAUGAAUCUCCCACCUUUUCUCAGAGCAUGGCGUCAUUAGAGUCUCUUGGAGGAAGUCACAUUAUAGGUCGUUUGAAUAUGAUGCCAACCAGUCCUGCAAAGUUCUGCGAUGAAUGUGGAUCACCAUACUUGAGGCCAACGUCCAAGUUCUGCUCGCAGUGUGGUACAAAGCGGUUUGGGAUAUGACUCAUGCGGCUUAUGUCUAAUAAACAAAUCCCCGGAUUGUAAUUUGUAAUGUUGUAAGUCUAUGUUCUUUUAAUCAAGCCAAAUUGUUUUGUCUUUAAACCAAAAACAUGAUAUUGUUUCCUGCUUUUACAUGUCAUAUUUGUGGGUUGUUUGCUCU